GGCGUCCGUUCAUAUCUCCCUAACGUCCGGGAUCUCCCCCUACUCCUCCUCCUCUUUCUUCGCCGUUUCACCACCACCAUCACCACUCGCGUAUAAUCAUGGAUUACGGAGUAACAUCUGAGGACGUUGACUACGACGAGACGGCGGCAGCAGCAGCGGUAGUAGCAGCUUCCUCUCCACAUCAUCAACAGGGGGGAGGGCCAACUGCUACGGCUACUACUUCCACGACUACAUUCCAACCACCGCCGGAUGACCGAGUUGAUGAUGAUGACGACGAAGAUGAGAGUAUUGGUGAAGAAGAAGAAGAAGAAGAAGAUGAGGGCUAUAGCGCGGAUGAGCAGCAAGACUCCCCAAAGUCCGUUCCGGACGAUAAGGAACCUCCGUCACAAAAGCCAGUGAGGGCCCGUGAGGAUCCACCUAGUGAGAGAAGAAGCAACAGUAAGAGGCGUCGAGAUGAUGGUGACCGAAGCAACGAACCAGCUCGGAGAUGGUCUGGUGGUAAUCGUGUUGGACAGUCUCAGUCAUCACAGGAGUAUUUGCCAUGUCGGUGCUUGGUUCCUGAUGAUAUUGCAGGGCAUAUCAUUGGAGUGCGCGGUACUGGUCUCCACAGGCUUCAGAAGUUGAGUGGAGCUAACGUUCACGUGUCGAAGCCAAGCGAAACGCCCAAGUCAUUGGUGGAUCGAGUUGUGACUUUUAUAGGUAACCCCCAGCAAGUUGAUACUGCUGUGUACAAGUUGUUGGAUAUGCUGCGACGCGAUAAACCGCAAAGUCGUGGGAUAUUCGUAUUGCUGAUACCGGAGGUUACGUCGUUUGCGUUCCUGGAUGGGAGAGGUCAACGGCUGAGAGCCUUGGAAGCAGAUUUUCACUGCGAGGUUACGAUCGCCAGAGCGCCUAUUGAAGGCAUGAAAGUGAGACCCAUCAUCAUCAAGGGGUCCGAUGAGGCCACAGCAAGCGUCAUAAGCAAGCUUAGAAACAUGGUUGAAGACGUUGUCCGUUCUAAACGUAUUCCUUUCGAGGAGGCGAGUGCUCUUGUGAUGGGUGGUGCGGACCGACAGAGUGAGCGGGGCACACCUCCACCACCUCCCCCGCCGCCUCCUCCGCCGGCGGCGGAGGGGGAUGGGAGACCUGGAGAGGUUGUUGUACCCUGGGUACCGGGUCUGGAGAAGAUACCACGCGAUCAGGACUCGGGAUCUCCUGUUCUGUUGGUCGUUGAUCGACGCUAUUCGGCGUUCAUCAUUGGUAAGAAUGGUAAAUCUAUCACGGAGAUCGAGCAUUGCAGUGGAGCUAGAGUGCAGUUUGAGAAGGCCGAUCAGUUCCCUCCUAACCCGAAGUUGGUGCCGAAUCGUAAUGAGGUUAUGGUACUGAGGGGGACAAUGGCUGAGAAGUCGAGGGGGAUGGUGAGGAUUAUGGAAGUACUUGAUGUGAAGGAUGACAGGUACACGGAGCUCCUGAUCCCUGCAAACAAGACACGUAAUGUUAUUGGACGUGGAGGUGAUACUAUCAACUGGAUAUGCAAGACUACUGGAUGCAACGUCCAAGUUCAAAAGGGCGAGUCUAACGAUAUUCCUACCCGGUUCGUUACCUUUGAUGGGCCACUGGAUAAGAGGGUUAAAGCUGCGUUGAUGGUGCUGGUCGCUAUAGAGUUGAGUUUUAUGCCGGCCGCGCCUCCGUCGCCAGAAGAGGGUAGAGGACGGGAGCCGGAAGAGGGUCAUGGACGCGCCUCCCAUAGUUAUGAAGGGGCGAGUGAGUCGUCGUCGGCCUACCGACAGAGGGAUAGCGCCGCCGUGGCGUUGGGGAUGGCAGCUGAUAGGCUAGGUUCUGAUAUCGAUCAUGACGAAGCAUCGUACUUUUCGGUUGUUGUGGGACGCAAUACGAUUAACUCGUGGGUAAAGGCAGGCUUCUUGGAUGAACUGUCUAGGCGCAGUGGAGCUCAUGUGGAGAUUGGCAAAGACGUGCCGCAAACUAUGGAUCGCCAGCUGCUGUUGAGUGGGACUAUUCUACAAAACUCCCUCGCGUGUUUAUACAUUCAAGCGAAGCUUCUCUCUGGGUAG